AUGGGCACAGAUUAAUAUUACAUACAAAAUUAGUACUAUAUAAUAUAGUAGUAUCCUUAUAGAGACUAUAGCUGCAAAAAAUAUCAAAAUGAGCCAGAAAAAACCAAGAGUAUUGGCUAUACCUUUCCCAGCCCAAGGUCAUGUAAAACCCCUUCUCUUCUUUUGCCACAAGCUAGCCCAAAAUGGGUUUAGAGUAACUUUCGUUUACAAUGAAUUUGACCACAAGCAAAUCUUGAGUGCCAUGAAAGAUGUUGACCAUGAGAGGAAUAAGGCAGAGAAUAAUAUUGAAUUUGUGUCAGUCCCAGAUGGGCUGAGCCCUGAGGAUAGAGCUGAUGGUGUUGGCAAUGUGUGUCAAGCAGUGUUAGACACUUUACCAGCAGAGCUUGAAAAGCUCAUACGAAGCAGAGAUGAAAACGACAAAAUUAGGUGUGUCGUUGUUGAUUUUUAUUUGGGAUGUGCUAUGAAAGUUGCAACUAAGAUGGGUAUUCCAGGAGCAAUUUUUUGUCCUUCUUCGGCUGUUGUUCUCUCCCACACAUUGAAUAUGCCAAACCUUAUACGUGAUGGGAUCGUUGAUCAAUAUGGAAGUGCAACAAAAAAACAAAUAAUUCAACUAUCUCCAAACAUGCCUAGUAUGGACACAUCAAAAUUGCCAUGGAAGGUUGAGGACUUAGCUCAACAAAAGGCAGCAUUUGAAAUUUAUUUAGAAGCCUGUAAUGGUUUUGAAGCUGCAAAAUGGUGUAUGUGCAAUACAACUUAUGAUAUUGAACAUGUUGCACUUUCUUUACAUCCGAAGCUUGUUCCAAUAGGUCCAUUAUUGGCCGAUAAAGCUAGUAGCCCAUUAGAUAUCUCUGGAUCACAAUUUUGGGUUGAAGACACUUCUUGUUUAAAUUGGCUCGAUCAACACAAGUCUCGUUCUGUUAUAUAUCUUGCAUUUGGUAGCUUCACUUCUCUUGAGCAACACCAAUUUCUUGAGUUGGCUCGUGGGCUUGAGCUCACCGGUAGACCAUUUCUUUGGGUUGUUCGUCCUGGAUUUAUAUCAAAUAAGGAGCUUGACCCAUAUGAAUUUUUGGGUGGUAAUAAUGAUUUUAGAAAGAUAGUGACUUGGGCUCCUCAACAAAAGGUUUUAAAACAUCCUUCUAUUGCUUGUUUUGUCAGUCAUUGUGGUUGGAAUUCUACUAUGGAAGGUUUGAACAAUGGGGUACCAUUUUUGUGUUGGCCUUAUUUUGCUGAUCAAUUUUUGGACAAAGAUUACAUAUGUGAUUUUUGGAAAGUUGGGAUGGAGUUUGUACCCAAUGAAAAUGGUAUUAUAACUGGUGAAGAGGUGAAAAAUAAAGUGGAAAACCUUCUGACUGACCUAGAUAUAAGAAAAAGAUCUUUAAAAUUUAAAGAGAUGGGAAUGAAUGCUAUAGGUGAAUAUGGUGCGUCUUCAAAGAAUUUUAAUAAUUUCAUGAAAUGGCUUGGAAGUGAUAAAGAAUAACGAAUUCUGUUAUUAUUCUGUUUUCAUUUUUUAACUGUUUCGAGUUAGUUACAGGUUUGUUGUAACAACUGUCUCUUUUCUUGUUUUGUUUCUCUGUAAAACUUUCUUCUAUAAAUAAAAGGCCUCUAGCUCAAAGACAAACUAAGAUUUUCCAAA